AUGGACGCGGGCGUCCUUCGCAUCCUGCUCUGCAAUGGUUUGCACGGCAUGGCCGACUGGCCGACGCUCGCGGGUGCCCUGGCGCAGGCGUUCGCGGGGAACUACACGUCAAUGCUGCAGUCUGUCUUGCCGCCGAUCGACCCGGAGGACGGGGCGCUCCCUGACGACUCGUUCUUCGCAGAGAUUAUCAUUACCAGACCAUUACGACUGCCGCCGCCGCCUCCUGACCCUGGUCCCGGUGAUCUAUGGCUACAGGUACUAGGAGUUGCUACCGAUGGCAGCGGGGCUUGUUCACGUCGCGUUGAGAAGCCGCGCUGCGAGGUUUACUGCGAGCUGUUCAUGUCGCGAAUACCGGAUCCCGAGCCCAUCAAGUGCUUUGUUGAUAUGGACACUUACCACCUCCAUCUCGCGGUUUCCAUCCCGAUCGACUCCGGCCUUCCUCAUGCACUGCGAGCAAGUCCUGUCGUGAUAGUCGAGAAGUGGAUCGGCUGGAAUGGUGCAGAUUAUGCGCCGAAAUGGACGAGCUGGGAGCCCGGUCAAGCUACGACGUUCAUGGACUCAAGAUCCGACGUUGCGGAAAUCUUCGUGAUGCUUGCGGAGUUCGACGAGAACACGGAGGUCCCCGGCCGCCGAGAUGAGAUGCUAGCGUGGGCGAGAAGGAUUUCGGUCGGAACUCGCGCAGCAUACAGACUUGAUCCACCUGAUACCCCCGAGCGGAAGGUAUUUGCAAGUCACUCCCCUUUGCUGCUGCGCCCCCAUAAACCCUACAAGUUGUGUACACUAAAGCUCGAGGAUGAAGAGCCGUUAGAGCCGUUGGGCCGCCUCAUGACUUAG